GUGUAGCUUGCAGCUCUGUGCACCAACAGACAGAUCAGGUCAAGUCAGCAGAAAGGAGACUUGUACAGAAUCUCAACAACUACUUUCUUAGUCAUUGUCAAAACAAGGAUCAUGGCUGAAGUACAUUUUUUUCUCCUUCUGAGUCUGGAAUAGAGCUAGGUUUCUAGUUCAGCUGACACAUUAACAAUGCUACGGACCUGCAUGUGCAUGUGGUUCCGGUGUCUGUGCUGGAUAUUUGCUUCUGUGUGGCCAAUUGUGGUUCAAGGAAACAUCUCCAGUCAACACAACCAGGAGAGGCUACCCUGCCAGCCAGGUUUCUACUGCCCUUUGGGAAGCCUCUCUCCAGUCCCCUGUCCUAAGGGAACGUAUGGGCCAACUGCUGGAGCUGUGUCCUUGGACUUCUGUCUAAAGUGCCCUCCUCAUCACUUCUGCCCCAGACAGGGCUUGUAUGCCUCCCUGCCCUGUGGUCCUAUGGCUCAACAGCCUCUGUCUGGCCAGAACACCUGCACCUGCACAGGAGAGGGACAGACUUUUCAGAUCAGUGAUGGCCGUUGCCACUGCACUAUUGGUUACCAACCCACCACUAAUGGAGAUGUGUGUGUGCAACAACUGUACAAUAUCUGCAGAGAUGGAAAAUCCCGCACACAACAUGGAGACUGUUUUGACAGAUAUCAGUGGUCACUUCACUGCAAACAGCAGGUGUGCCAAACUGCAGAGGACUACCAGGGUUAUGAUGGGGAACUGGGACUGUGUAUUUGUAGAGAGCCUCCGGGCAGAGCUGCAUGCGGACGCCUGUGCAGGAGCAAGCCAGCUACUGAACUGAAGCUCCAGUGCCAAUCUAACGGAGAAAUGGAGCUGGUAUGGAGUUAUGACAGCCAGGUUUCGAGCGUCUCAGGCAGUGUGCUGGUGACGCUUUUUAAACAGUGGGACUCUCAGGGGAAUCUACAGUGCAACAAUCACCUCAGCUCCUCACGUCCUGUCUACAUUGUUCAGACAACAGAGGCAGGCUUCCUCGGCCUCCUCAGCGGCCUCCCAAAGGAACUUCAACAACUGUUUCCUGACACAGCACAGUGGGACUCUCACAUCUCAGCUGAGAACGACUAUGACUCUUUGUGGGAGGCAAACGAUGCUGAAAAUAUCAGUCAACCAGACAGAGAAAUAGAUUCCAGAAGAGAUGUUAAGGAAGAAGGGAGAAAAUCAAGUGUGACUGGAGUUCUGAACCCAACAACAUGUCUCCAUCUGGGUGAUUCUAUACUGUUUACUGUCGACACACAUCACUACCCUCAGUAUGAUGUUGACAACUUAUACAACACAAACAGGGACUUUGCCUGGGGUGCGUUCAGGCAUCUAAAAGAGGAGCUGACACUAUCUUGGACUCCUCCCAGCUUCUUUUCGGUGAUCUUUAGCCAGCCUGGAGUUUACGUUUUUAGUCUGAGCAGCAAUCAGCACAAACACUUGUACGUGCGAGUAAUGCCUGCAGGCGGCCAGUGUUAUGAGCCUGGCCCCUUCUUCCCUACCAUUCCUUGGCACGUGACCAGGUUGGGAAUCAGUAAGAGACGUAACUUGUUACUCAGACCUGAUUGGCUGGUGACCGGAGGAUUGCUUUUUGGAGCUGUGGUCAUCCUCUGUAUAUGUGUCACACUGCUGAUCCUGUUCCGUGAAUAUGGAUGGCCGGAGAAGGAGCCAAUCAAAGCACGAUAUCGCUUGUUGCAGCUGUCCUACCAAAUGGACGACUACUCAUCAAAAGGUUCAAGGGUGAUCUCACUUAGAAAGACUCACCGAAACCAACAAGCCAGAAUGACACAAGACUCCAUUCAACCAGUCUGUACAGACACCUUGGAGGAGUUCUGGGAUUACGAGCACCAGGUGGAUCUGGAGGCUUUCAGCAGCAACACCUUCUACAGCCUCCUGCUCAAACAGAGCCUGUCUGUCACCACACGGCUGGGACAGCUCACCACCGAGGUAAAGGAGCUUUACCAGGGAGUUCUCGGAAAGCUGCAGUUACUCCACCCACGCCUGAUCUCUGAGGAGAGGAUGGGGGAGGGUUAUGAGAGGCUGAGGAGGGAGACUGAGAGAGAGGUGGUGCGACGAAAGUCUUUGGCCUCACAGAUAAGGACUCUUCUUGACAGUCAGCUGCAGGUUCUGAGGGGGGAGCAGCAGGCCCAGCAGAGGGUCCACGGUGUGUUCACAUCUCAGCUCAGAGAAUGCACCAGACUACUAUCCAAGCUUUAUAACAACAACCAGUCAUCCUCUGAACUGCAUCAGCAAACGUUGAUUCAGAGGCUAACCCGUCUGGUGGAUGAGACGGGGGAGCUGGUGUCAGCAGAGUGCCAUCGUCAGGGGGCCUGGGGGCUGUUGGGUGAAGGUACGGGGGCCAAGCUGCUCUGCCCUGACACUGGAGCCGUCCUGACCAAAGACGACAUCUUUGGUCCUGAUGGGUCCCUGCGUGUCUCUCGAGCUGUUCACUGUGAUUCAGUCACAGGCCUCAUAAGGCCAAAUGCUCACACCCACAUGUUGCUGAGCAGCGGCCACACCAUGGCCGUACCGCCUGAUUUCUUCCUUCACCCACAGACUGGCAGGGUUAUGCCCAUUGCUGGUAAUGUGGCCUAUGAUCCUAUCAGCUCUACGUUGGUGUUCACCACUGACCUUUGCUCAGGUGAUGACAGGAAGUGGGACAGCCCUCUCCUUCCUUUCAUUCCUUACCCAACAUCCUGCCACUCAGACCGGCCUCUCCCCAGCGCUCGGCUCAGAGGCCUCCAUCCGGGCCAGAGGCUGCAGCUGGGCAUUCCCAUGGCAGACCCAGACACAGGGGUCCCAGUGCCCAUUCUGGCAGCAACCAUCCACCCCCAGACUGGACUAGUGUACCCGCUGGGGCGGGUGCAUGUUUGCCCCCUCACCCGUUUGCCACAACCCAUACAGAUUGGUUACCCCAUGCUGGACUCCAGGACAGGGAAUGUUGUGCUAACUGUUGGGGUCAGUUUAGAUCCAGUAACAGGAGAUGUGCUGCCAGUAGGUGGCGUUUUGCUGGCCGAGUCCUUCAUUGAGCCGCUGAGUGGGCGGAUGGUGAGACUAGGAGGAGCCAGUAUCCGGGCUGGACAGCUGAUGCCAAAUGCAGGAGGAUACCAAACUUUACUGAACUGCAAGGUUCUGGCAGUGAUGUUCAAAAUUUUGGAUCUCCUGAAACCACUAACCGAGGAGUGGGGUUCAGAUCUAAAUCUGCAACAUCUGCAGUCCCAUCCUGGCAGCGAGAGAGGGAGUGGCCGACAAGAUCAUCUUCUUGCUGCAGCUAAAGAGCUCCAGCAGGCCUGGAGGAGGAGCCUGCACUGUCAUCUGCAGCUGCAGACCAGGCUGGAAAUACUGCUAGACUGGGCAGUGAGUCUCCAGCAGGAUGGAGGGAUGCUGGGAGAGAUGCCGCUGCCAGGGUCAGAUAUGAGUGUUCCAGCUCUGCUUGGGAUGGACUACCCUGAUCCCAUGGGAUCUGGUCUGAGUGUACCAGUGCUGGGGUGUCAGAAUGACCUUGUCUCUGGGAAUAUAAUACCGCUGGCAGGGACCAUGGAGGACCCAGAUGGAAAAGGUCUGAUGGCGAUCCGUUAUGGAUCUCAGACUGUUGAUCCAGUGACGGGGCUGUUGGCGCCGGUGGUUGGAGCAAGGCUGGAUGUGUCUAAAAAAACCGUUGUCCCUGUUACAGCUUCAUACUGGCUAAUGGUGGCAGAUCAAACUGAUAGCAUGCAGGUAGAGGCGCUGCAGAGGGAGGUGUGUGCACGAAACACUUACUGGCAGCAGCAGAGGCAGCGGGAGGAAGAUAUUCUUACUGAUCUGGAUUCAGCUCUAUUCCAGUGUCUCUUUAGAGCCACAGAAGCAAACUCUCAUCAGGUCCAGUGGUCUGGGAGGCAGCUGAAGGAAGCAGCCGUGGAGCUGCAGGAUUCAGCACAGACAGAAGCCCAGAGGAGAGUGGUUCAGCACUCCCACUUGUCUCUGAUUCUGCCUCCGCAUGUAUUACGCGUCCUCACGUUGGGUGACGAGGAGGAAUGGGAUCAACAGUGUGUUUGGCACUCAGAGCUUACGUCUGGCCUUGAUAAGGCGGAUGUGUGUGUGGAUCAGCUGCAACAAGACCAAGAAAAAUGGACGACACAGGCAGGAGACUGGCCAACACACGUCCAUGCUACGGACAGAGAGCUGAGACAGAGAGAGUUGUGGGAGCAGUGUUGUUCCAGGCAGUCUGAGUUGGAGGCUGCUCUAAAUGCGCUGCACUUCGUCAGACACCUUUCUCAGCUCCGUGCCGACACUGCUCAGGCACUACUGUGUGGGAAUUUUUGGUUCAAGGAAUACGGUCUGGUUCAGUGCAGUGGAAACAGACCAAAUGUGAAGGUCGUGGGUUUGCUCCAACAGAAGGCUUUGCCUCUGCUUGAGAGGCUGAACCAGCUCCUGGAAGAAAAACAACCGACCAGCUUCUCCCCCAACACUUGCAAUCAGCACACCUCUGGUUUGUCAACAAAGCAGAUCUAUGGAAUGGAAAUAGCCUCUCGAGUCUGGACAGCGUCUGUGCCUGUGGUGAAAGGAAUUUCCACCCAGUCUUUGAGGGAGCCUGUCAAUGUAGCUCAGUCCCAGGACACUGGUUUACAGGCCAGCUCAGCACAGACACACAACUCACAAAGACACACUGCUUCUUCCGGCAUUCACUCUGAGGGGAGUCAGCAGAUGAAGGAAUCUACUCAGUCUGUACAUAUCACCGUCCCCGCAAUCUCAGAGGAGCAGUGGACAAGACUGCUGGAGCUUUCGCCUCUGUUCCAGCUGCUGAAGGGGGUGGAGCUGCAGCUGAAGGGCUGGGCCUGUAAGGCAGGGGUUCAUAGUGGAGAGUUUGCUGAUAGAGGUAAAAGUUUCUUAGAUGUCCUUGAUGCUCAGUGGGAAUGUGAAGGAGAGCUCAUCCCUUUGGACCUGUCAGUCCUGAAGCCCAGAGAGUUCCUGGUCUACCAGCAUGGACUAUUCCUGAUGCACACACUGCAUAAUCUGAAACUGACUCCAGCCAUUUCUCUUCAGAUAGCAGCGAGUCUUCCAAACAACAACUACUUCAACAACGCCUUCAGAAAUUCCUUUUUUUAUCAGGAAGCAGAAGAGACGCUGUUUGUCCGUCGCCAGAGGCUCCAGUCAGUUGGAGGCUUCUCUCUUCUGCUCCUCCAUUGUCUGUCCCAUGUCAAAGUUCAAGAUAUGAGCUCUGACUCCAGUCCUGCAUUCCAGAGGCUUUUCUUUAAGACGCUACAGGAAAGCUUGGGCGAGCUGUUUCACGCCAGACUCGGCAUACCUUCCUCUGCACAGGAAGCCAGUGUGUGUGUUUGGUUUCAGGACCAAGAGGCUGCCCAAGGCGAUUUAAAGGAGGCUUGGUCAGACUCUCGUGCUGCCUCCCUGCUGCACAGGCUUCACAAACCAAGCAGAGGAUUGCUGUCAGAGGAUGAAGUUGAGAAGCUUAAGAAGAAGCACAGAGAGACAUCUGUGUUCUACCAUCUUGAGAGACUAUUGAGAGAAAAGAGUUCUGAAGUUGCAGAAAAAGACGAAGACCAUACUGAGUAAACAUCUUUCUGUGCUGUUUCUGUGUCUCUGGAGACCUUCAAAAUUCAGAUCUUAUAAAGGAAUAAACAAAGCGAAACAAAUAGAGACUAAAAUGCUCCAAAUUGCCACCUGGUGCCAAAAAAAAAUAAAUUAAAAAGUGGAAAAAGUGUUUACAAGUCAAAAGGAGUUGCGCAAACAGAAAUAUUUAACAGAAGGGCAAUGAAACUUAGCACUAACCACUAUCGGAUUAUUAUAUUUUUAGUUAGUUUGGGAGGGUGUUUCAGUGAAUUACUACAACUUUAACCAUAAACAGAUUUCUAAGUCUAACCUUCAUCUCAUAAAACACAUUUUCUGUCAUCAGUACAUAAUUUUUCAUAUGUAUUAUAUAUCAUUUUGUCAAAUAAAAUAUGACAAACUAAACUAUAAUAUUUAUAUUCACAAGCCAAGAUUUAUGAGUUUUGACUUGCUCUGUCCAGUAGUUUAAAAGAGCAGAUGGUGGUUUUAAUCAUUCUCCUAUGUUGUUAUAAAUUUGCAUUUUGUGUGAAGAAAUUCCUCCAAAUAGUGUAAAGAAAAUGUAAUUCUGAGUCAAUACAUCAUCAUGUAUGCAAUACCUGACUCUACAUUAAAUCUGUUAACAUUGUGGUAUCCACUUU